AAUCAUACAUUUUAUCAAUGAAUUGUCAGUCUCAGCACUGUUUGUGUCUGCUACAUCAAUAUUUCUUUAGUUCUCAUCUGUUUGCAAUUUAUUUGUGUUGACCAAUAAUCGUUCCUUGAUCAUGGCUGAGUUAGUUGGAGGAGCGCUUCUCUCUGCUUUCCUAGAACCAUUGGUGCAAAAGUUAGCUUCGGAGGUGAAGGACUUCUUCAAAGGAAAAGAUGCCAUUCUCAAGCUGCUGAAGGAGCUGAAGACUUUGCUGUCCACGGCUGAUCUACUGCUCACUGAUGCCGAGGAGAAGCUGAUCAAAGACCAAGCGGUGAGGAAGUGGCUCGACGAUCUCAAGGACACCGUUUACGAUGCAGACGACUUGGUUUACAAGAUCGACACUGAAGCAUGGCAAAACAAGCUGGAAGGUCACGAAUCUCGAACUCGAAGCAGCUAUGGUUGCUGUAAUAAGGUACUCAUCAGAUUCAACCCAACACCCUUUACUGCUUUCGAUAAGGGAAUAAAGCGAGAGAUAGAGGGGACACUCGACAGGUUGAAACAUCUUCUGGAGAAUAAAGAUCUUGGUCUAGAACGUUUGAAAAAACAUAAGCUUCCGGAAAGGGUAUGUGCUCCUUUGUUACAAGAAUCUGAUGUUUAUGGAAGAGAUGUCGAGAAAGAAGCUAUUAUUAAGUUGUUACUAUCGGAUGAGACGACUGAGAGUGGUGAUAAAUUGUAUGUGAUUCCCGUAGUGGGAAUGGGUGGUAUUGGAAAGACUACUCUUGCUCAACUUGUAUACAAUGAUGAAAGAGUCAAUCAAAAGUUCGACACCAAAAUAUGGAUUACAGUGGGAGAUGACAAACUUGAUUGCAUGAAAAUGAUGAAACUAAUUGUCGAAAAGGUCACUUUUGAAAAGUGUGAAAUUGAGGAGCCAUAUGACCUUCAAGAUAAACUAAAAAGGGCUCUGAGUACGAAGAAAUUUCUGUUUGUUGUUGAUGAUGUUUGGGAUGAGGAUCCCACCAAGUGGGGUGUUUUAAAAAAUUCUUUCGAAUCGGGAUUGCUUGGAAGCAAGAUUAUUGUGACAACGCGUAGCACAAUUGUUGCAUCAAUUAUGAAAACAGAAUCGAUUUAUCAGCUAAAGAGGAUAUCUGAUGUUGAUGGCUGGCUGUUAUUUGCAAAACAUGCUUCGAUUAAUGCAAGCUCGAAUGAGUACUCCGAUCUCCAAGAAAUUGGAAAAAAAAUUGUUGACAAGUGUAAGGGUCUUCCUUUAGCAAUAAAAUCAAUUGGCGAUCUCUUACGAGGGAAACGAAGCAACGAGGAAUGGAAUAGCAUCCUAAACAAUGAUAUAUGGGAGUUGUAUGAAAGAAAAAAUGUUAGUAUUCUUCCAGCGUUGUGGUUGAGUUAUUUUUAUCUUCCUUCGAGAUUAAAGCAAUGUUUUGCUUACUGUGCUCUUUUUCCAAAAGACUAUGGUUUCAUUAAAGACGACGUAAUCUUGUUAUGGAUGGCUGAAGGUCUUGUACAUUCCCAGAACAAGAAGAGAAUGGAAGAAACUGGAGAGGAGUAUUUCCAAGAUCUAAUUUCGAGGUCAUUUUUCCAACCAUCAAAUGAGAAUAAGUCAACUUUUCUCAUGCACGAUCUUAUACAUGAUUUAGCAAUGUUCGUCUCUGGUGAGUUUUGCUCAUUGAUCAAUGGUAACAAAUGCUCUAACAAGGUUCGUCAUAUGUUGUACAUGAAAGAUUGUAAAAAAGAUUAUCACCUUAAAGCUAAGGGCCUUCGCACCUUACUAUGGCACCCAGAAUUAGAAUUAGAUCGAGAAUCUUUGUCAAAGGUAAAGCACUUGCACAGUUCAUUCCCACACUUAAGAGUACUAUCCAUAAGGAACGACACAUUGCCCAAUUCAAUUGGCAAUUUGAAGUAUUUACGAUAUUUGAAGUUGCAAUGUUAUUAUAUCGACCGAAUACCCAAUUCAAUUUGUAAUUUGUAUAAUUUGGAGAUAUUGUUGUUGGAGGGGUGUAAAAAUGUUACUCUUCUACCAUAUGAUAUAGGAAAUUUAGUUAAGUUGCGACAUCUUUCCGUACCGUUAGAGUUGGAAGAGAUGCCAUUGCAAUUUGGGAAGCUACAAAAUCUACAGACACUAAACAGAUUCAUUGUGGGAAAGAAGAAAGAUGUUGGUAUCAAGUUGCUGAAAGAGCUUCAAGAUCUACACGGGAGUCUUUCGAUUUGGGGACUAGAAAAUGUUAGGAGCAUUGAGGAUGUUCCUGAUGGGAUUUUGCAGAAUCAAAAGUUUCUUAAGCUGUCUUUGGACUGGGACUAUGGCCACGAACCAGAUGACUUGCAUAGAGAAAAAGGGAUACUCGAUACCCUCAAACCUCAUCCAAACCUAAAGGAACUCAAGAUUGAAAACUACAAAGGCAGCAGCUUUCCAAUUUGGAUUGGACAUCAUUUAUUUUCUGAUUUGGUAAGAGUGGAGCUGAAAAGCUGUCAUAACUGUAGUUCCUUGCCGUCACUGGGACAGUUACCAUCUCUCAAAGACCUUGUCAUUUCGGGCAUGAAUGGUGUGGUGAGCAUAGGCUCAGAGUUUCAUUAUUUGACGACCAGUGUUGAUCCUUUUGCUGCAACAGAGACGAACCCUUUCAGAUGUUUGAGGAGCUUGAGGUUCGAGGAUAUGAAAGAGCUCCAAGAGUGGUCGUUCAACGAAUGUGGAGUCUUUCCUCAUCUUAGCGAACUUCAUUUUGUCCAGUGCAGAAGACUCAAAGUGUUACUGUUACCAGAUUAUUUUCCGUCACUGAGAGAACUGAAAAUAAACCAGUGUGAGCAACUGAUGCCUUUACUCCCACGAGCCCAGCCCACGAGCCCCGCCCCACCAUUUCCAUCUCUUGAGAUUUUAGAAAUAUUUGACUGUAAUGGGCAAGAAUCACUUCUAGAAGAGGGGUUGCCUUUGAGUUUAAAAAGCAUUGUCAUUAUGGGAUGUAUGAACCUCAAGUGCUUAGACGACUCGGCCUUUCGACGCCUUACUUGCCUUGAGAAGUUGGAAAUCGAAUAUUGUAGGAAGCUUCGAUGCUUGCCUAAAGAGCUGCCCACUUCUCUUUCUUAUCUACGCAUUUACUAUUGUGAAUUGCUAACGCCACGAAUCGAGAGGGAAACAGGGGAGGACUGGUCAAUCAUUGCUCACAUCCCAAACGUAUCUUCUAGGGAUUAUAGAUGGGAAAAUUUGCAGCUCUAAUUCCUUGUAUUAUUCACACCAACUAGUCUGCUUUGGUAGGUUCUUUCAAAAAUCAAAUGAACUUGGCCAAUGAAAAUGGGAUUAACAACCAACUCUUAAGACCAUUCUGAAUCAAAUGAAUGCAGGAUCUCAAAUUGUGUUGAUAUUAGACAUCUCUUACUUCAAGACACUUUCAAGAUUCUAGAAAUAUGCGUAGAACUGAGCCCAAGAGAUUCAUGGAAGAAGUUUUUGCAGAGAAGAUAAGUUUGGCCAUAUACUUUGCUGCGAAAGUGUGGUUAUGUGAAUGUCCAAGGGUCAAAGAAUGAGUUCAAUAUGUGUACAUAGUACAAAUACAAUCAUGCCAACAAGUGUAUAUAUAUGUGCCAUUGAAAUCUAAAGCAUGUUGUAUAUUUGGCUAUAAUAUAACUUCAUUAAAA